AUGGAGGAGAAGCUCAAGCUAACUACCACCACUGAUCAGUUUCCUCAAGCUGCAGAUGAAAAACUGAACCAUCAUAUGCUGAAGUGGCAGUGUGAGCGACAGGUGCGCAGGAAUUCACUCCCGAAGGAACUGUCUGAGACCCUCCUGUCCACACAGCCUGGUGAAUCUUAUGUGCAGUCCCAUCUGUGGAUGUGGGUGAACCCCAAUCUGGUUUGCCCCAUUGUCAGCUGUCCCAGUGUGGACAUGCCAGGACCCAGUAGCCCAGCACUCUCAGUAGCUGCUGCUGCUCCAGGGUUUUCUUCUCCAAGCUCUUCCUUGAAUUACUCCAACCUUGACUGUUCUGAGGAGGAUCUGCUGUCAUCAGCCAGUGAGGCAGAGAAGUUCACCGAGGAUGAAGAUGCCUCAUCGGUGGACAUCUCACUCCCUCAGAAAAUGGAGACUCCCAAAUCUAAGGCUGUUCUGGCACUCCAGAAACCAAAGGUCCCCAGAUCUCUGAGCAAGAAGCUCAAGUACAUCCUGCAGGCGAGCACCAAAAUCAAAGGGGGAUGGCCCCGGCCCCCACUUAAUUACUGCAUCCUCAUCACCCUGGCCCUGCGUAACAGUGCAGAAGGCAGCCUGACUGUGCAGCAGAUCUACCAAUUCACACGGCAGCACUUUCCCUUUUUCCAGACAGCCCCAGAUGGCUGGAAAAACACCAUUCGUCACAAUCUGUGCUUCAGUAGCAGCUUUGAAAAAACCUCCCACUUUGUGUGCAACGAGGGCAACCGCAAGUCACGCCUGUGGAAGCUGACACCAGAAGGGUGCAGAAAGUUCCAGGAAGAGAUACGGGCUCUAUCUGAGGAGGCCCUCGACUUAGUGAGCCAGAGCUUGAGCAAACCAGAACAGGUGCAAUCUUUGUUCAGUCUCUGA